AUGACUCGAUUUUCGCCAGCAAUUUUAUUAGCAUCGUCGUCGCUUUUGAUCGAUCCAGUCUUGAGCCACGAGGCUUAUGCUACUAAAGUUCCUAAUGGCGCGAACGUUGAUGGAGUAAAAGCCAUUGGCCACACAAAUCCUGACGGUGGAGGCAUUCGAAACGCAUUUGGCAGAGAUUUUUAUAGUGCCGGUCACACGUGGACAUCGGAGCUCUGUAUGAAUGACUCGGAUGACGAUGGACAAACGAAUGGCGAAGAACUGGGUGAUCCAUGCUGUGACUGGACGUCAGAGUCCGCGAAAGAUCCGCUUUGGUCCAGUGGCGUUUCAAAUCCUGGAGAUGAUGCGAGUAUUUCGAACAAGACGUUGUGGCCGACGUAUAAGUGUUCUCCUCCUGCGACUAACUCCAGUGGCUCCCAGACUGGCAUCCAAAGCACGGAAAGUUCAUCUGACUCUGAUUCCACUGCAUCAACAUCAAAAGCAGCUUGGAAUGGUCUUGCUCUGACAACUACAGCUGGUUUGCUGACGCUAACGGCGGCAAUCGUUUUAUAG